UUUCUCAUUCAUCAAUGGCAGCAAUGAAGAAGAUUCCUACAGUAGAGAUCAUCUCAAAGGAGAUGAUAAAGCCAUCAUUACCCACUCCCUCUCAUCUCCGUACCUACCAAAUCUCUUCCCUCGAUCAAUUUACCGUUCUCAACUACAUUCGGGUCGUGUUCUUCUAUAAUCGUAGUCUCGCCGAAAAAAAUGUUUUCGGCGAGACUAACAAUGUUAUGGAAGUCCUCAAAAGUUCACUAUCCGAAACCUUGACCCAUUACUACCCUCUUGCCGGAAAGUUCGUGGAGGAGGAUGCCUUGAUUAACUGCGACGACUCUGGCGCUGAAUUUACCACUGCAGUUGUUGUUGGUGGCGGCGACGAUGGUGGUUUUUUGGGUGCGAUCGAGAAUCCAGAUAUGUAUUUUUUGGAAAAAUUUAUUAGCAGGAAAAAUAAUGAUAUAUUUAAAUCAGAGGACGUGAUUCUAGCCGUUCAAAUAACCCAAUUUCCUGCCGGCGAAAUCGCGGUGGGGGUUUGUAUUUCUCACAAGAUAUCAGACACAGCCACAUUAUGCUCUUUCAUGAAAUUAUGGUCGGCGGCAGCAAGAAUCUUGAUCUCCGGCGGCGAAUCGAGUUUCAAAGAAUUGACCGUUCUCGGACCUGUUUUCGAUGCUCCAAGAUUAUGGCCUUCCAUUCCCGGCUUAACCUUUCCAUCAUUCAACUUCAAAGAUGAAAAAAUAAUAAUGAAAAACUUUUAUUUCAAUUCUUCGAGUGUAUCUCGACUAAAGGCAGAGCUGUCGGGAGGGGACAUCGCUCCAACGAGAGUAACAUCUAUGAUGGCUCUCAUUUGGCACGCCGUAAUGAAUUCUUCAUCCGAACCGAGGACGAAUCACGUGCUUGCAUUGCCAGCAAACAUUCGUAAAAAAAUGUCUCCACCUCUACCCGAUAACACAUUAGGGAACAUAGUAAAAUUAGUGGCGGUUGCGAAUAGUGUGGGUGGUGUUACUCUUGGAGUGGUUUUGGGUCUGAUAAUGGAGGCGAUUGGGAAAGUGGAUGAGGAAUAUGCUAAGAAGAAAGGGGUGCCAAUACAUGAACCAUUUUCGAAAGUAUUUUCUUCUGAGUUUAAAUUGAAUAUGACUGUAAUAACAAGUUGGUGUUGGUUUCCUUUUUAUGAGGUUGAUUUGGGACUAGGCAGGCCGGUUUGGAUGACUUGCUUAAGACGAUCAGCUUUCUCAGACAUUUUAUUAAUUGAUGGACCGGAUGGAGGAAUUGAUGCAUUGAUUGGGCUAAAUGCGGAGACAAUGGAGAAGUUUGAGAAGAACCCCAAUAUCAUUUCCUUUUGUGAUCAUUCCAUUACAUAUGGAUGA